GUUAGGAUGGUUAUUCAGCUGGCUUCCUGCCUGGUGUCCCACAUCACUGCAACACCUUAAAGAGGCUGAGGACAAAAUGCUGAAAUGUAUUGCAAGCACAUAUGACAAACGAUAUGUGUAUCUACCUAAUGGAAAUAAAAUAUGGACACUGUCAUUCUCUCCGGAGCUUUCACGUAAAACUCCGCUUGUUCUCCUGCAUGGAUUUGGAGGAGGUGUUGGACUGUGGGCUCUCAAUUUUGAAGACCUCUGUGAGAACAGGACCGUUCAUGCUUUUGACCUCUUGGGAUUUGGACGGAGCAGUAGACCACACUUCAAUGCUGAUGCUCAGGAAGCAGAAAAUCAGUUUGUGGAAUCCAUAGAAGAAUGGAGAAAGGAGGUGGGGUUAGAAAAAAUGAUCUUGCUUGGACACAACCUUGGUGGAUUCCUGGCUGCUGCUUACUCAUUAAAAUACCCAUCAAGGGUCAAACAUCUUAUCUUAGUGGAGCCAUGGGGUUUUCCAGAGAGGCCUGACAAUGCUGAACACGAAAGACCAAUUCCAAUCUGGAUCAAAGCACUAGGAGCUAUAUUGAGUCCAUUUAAUCCAUUAGCUGGGCUGAGGAUAGCAGGACCUUUUGGAUUAAGCCUUGUUCAGCGCUUAAGGCCAGAUUUCAAACGAAAAUAUUCAUCGAUGUUUGAUGAUAACACUGUGGCUGAAUAUAUCUAUCACUGCAAUGUACAGACACCCAGUGGUGAAACAGCUUUCAAGAACAUGACGAUCCCUUACGGAUGGGCAAAAAGGCCAAUGCUGCAACGGAUUCCACAAAUGGAUCAAAACAUUCCUAUCACUGUGGUCUAUGGAGCACGUUCAUGUAUAGAUGGCAAUUCUGGCAGCACUAUCCAGUCUCUGAGACCAAAUUCAUAUGUGAAGACAAUAGCUAUCCUUGGUGCAGGUCAUUACGUGUAUGCUGAUCAACCCGAAGACUUCAAUCAGAAAGUGAAAGAUAUCUGUGAUUCUGUGGACUGACUGUGUCCUGUUCCUUAGAAAGUCAUGCCAUAGAUAACAUUUGAUAACAAUACUGUCUAGGAAAUCACUAAAGAACAUGGAACUAAUGGAAUAGGCUCUGUUUGCACACUGUUUCUUCUAAGAAGCCAUUCGCACACUUAAACCACUGAGUGCCUUUGGGGGGGAAUAGGGAGAUUUGAAGCAAACUUUGUACAGCUUUGUUUGAGAUUGGUCUUUAGAUUAUUGGCUUGUCAUAUAUGAAAUUACAUGUAAUUUUUUUAAUUGGAAUUUUCUUCAAAAUUCAAUUGAAUUUUGCACGUUGACCUCUAAAAAUGCUGAAUUCUUCACUAACACAGAGAACUGUAUCAAUACAGGUAUAGUGUAUAAAAUGCAAUUUGGUUUCUCUAUAAAUAUUCAUGGUUUUUAGAUGAUGUUUCAUAGCAAGAAUAUGAAAUUGCCUAUAUAUCUUAUUUUUGGAAUCCAGAACUCCAUAUGCCAUAUUUUAAGAGGGUGGGUUGGGUUUUUUUAUUAUUAUUGGGGUGAUAACAGCUUAGGAAGCUGAUUUU